AUGUUCAAGAUUCAUCAUCCUUGUUGGUGGUCCAUUAUCCUUCAUGCUAUGACUACUAAUGAUCUUCAACCACUGGUUGACAUUCCAGAAGGACCAAUACCCACCUUCUUGUACAUGACACCUUAUAAGAUGCGUGUUGCUUCCGAAUCUAAGUUUCCACAUCGAAUCAUCAUUCUCAGUGUCAUCCUAGAGAAGCUGGAUAUAGAUAGCACUUAUAUCCGUUCUUACCAUAAAUGCAUCUACAGAAUCAUUGUUUCACCAAAAAAAGGAAAAAAAAAAUCAAACAAUGCAUUAAAGAAAAUGAUGAAAAAACUAAAGAAAUCAAAGCCAGAUCCAACACCUUCUGUUUAUUCUCAAGACGCAUCUCACGUCUGUGUACAAUCGUCAUCGCCAGCUCCAGAUUCAUGGACGUCCAAUCAGUCAGAACAAACUGGUCCAAGUAAUUGUGCUACCAUGGUUGAUUCCUUUUCAAACCACGAUGAUGAACAAGAAGGUGAAAAACAAACUCCUCAGACUUUGAGCACACAAGAUGAUCAAGACAAGAAUAUUCCUAUGCAGACGGUUGCCAUACCUCCAAGUGAAGGACUGAUCGUUGAUGACGAACCAACCAAUAUGUCAAUAAUUCUACACUCCAAAGUGUCUUUUAGAGCCUUCAACAUCGACCUUGAUAACUAUUAUCCUUCCCCACACAAAGAGUCUCAUGAAAAUGAUUCGGAAAAUGACGUAUAG